GCCAAAACAAUUUACACACUACAUUUACCUUCAAAGCCACCUUUUAUCUACUAAAUAAAGCUAGCUCUGUUAGCGUAACCCACCAACCGACUGAAUGUCAGGACGAAACGGGUUAGUGUCCAGUAUCCGGAGGUUAAUAAGCGCUGAAGAGCGGCUACGGAGGACACACUCCACGAGUCCGUUUGAGCAGCUUCGCCAGCAGAUGAGUGAUGUAUUGGGAGAUCAAGGCAUCCUGAAAGAGGUGAUCCAACCUGGAGAUGGCCCUCCUGUUCCUGAAAAUGCUUCAGUAAUAGCCCAUUACUCUGGUUUCCUGGAAUAUUCUGACCAGCCUUUUGAAACCACCACAAACCUCAAGUACCCCCGGAUGAUGAAGUUAGGGAAAGAUGUGACGCUGGCGGGACUGGAGCUGGGUCUGAUGACCAUGAGGAAAGGAGAGUUUUCUCGAUUUCUCCUCCAGCCUAAGUACGCCUACGGGGACAUGGGCUGUCCUCCGCUCGUCCCUGCUGCUGCAGUGAUUCUGUACGAGGUUCAUAUCCUCGACUUUCUCGACUCGGGACAAGUGGAUGACUUCAUCGCAAUGAGCCCGGAGGAGCAGAACACGGUUCCUCUGUCUAUGCUCCUCGAGGUUGUCAACACAGUACGCAGCUUUGGCAACCGUUGCUUCAACCAGAGUCGCCAUUUCAACGCCAAAGACCGCUAUAAACAGGGGACAACGCUGCUUGGGAACAGGAAAACACAGAGCGAUGAAGAGAAGGGGAACAUCAAGAAAGCACUUCUUCCUCUCUAUCUGAACCUCUCCCUCACUGAGCUCCGUCUGGAAAGACCGAACAAAGCCCUGAAGUACAGCAACAAAGCCUUGGAGAUAGACUCCUCCAACACAAAGGCUCUUUUCCGCAGCGGACAGGCGUAUCUGGAGCUGCACGAGUACGACAGCGCCCAGCACUGCCUCAUAUCCGCUCAGGCAAAGAAACCCUUUGACACUGACAUCAACAACCUGCUGAGGAAAGUGGCAAUGUGCUAUAAAGAAAGCUUGGACAAACAGAGAGAAAUGUACUCCAAGAUGUUCAGAAAGUUGAAGGGAUGAAGAAUCAAAGAUGAGGAAAAGAUGUAAAGGACACACUUCAAGCAAAUCCUCUCCAGUAUUGUGAAUUCUGAAAGUGAUACCUUUUUGUGUUUGUCCAAUGUUACAAAAGGAACUAAUCUGGUUCAGAUGCCUCCUUCAUUUCCUCUCAAAUAAUAAGUGAAAUUCUUUAGAUUUCUUCAAAGAUUUGUUGAUAUAAUGUAGCUCAAUGUUUUGUUUGAGUAUAUCCUUAAUAUAAUUUACUUUCCCCUCGAUUCAUUAUGAAGGCUGGAAGAACAUUUUCGUGAACAUCUUGAAUCUUGAAUGGCUGAAUGUUUGCAAAAAGAUGCUACCUCAUUAGAUUCUGUUAAUAAAUACUAUUUGCUGAGGUGUUAAAUAUGUGCAUGGAGUCUGAUCUCUCUUAAGGUGGUAAUGAUGACAAAAUCAAGUCCCUUUUUUCAAGAUAUCUUGCCUAUUUGAGAUUCGUUGGAAAUAGUGUGUUCAUGAUCAAUUGUACUGUUUCUAUAUAAUGUUUUUGUGUUGUUCUGAAUUAGUUUGAAAUA